AUGCUGGAUGUAUCAGUUUCCAGCGCGUGUGGCGGUACAAAAGGUGAAGGAGGGGCUGCACAGGCACCAGCACCACUUAGCGAAGAGCAGCAUGAGCAGCAGGAGAGAGGAAUCCAGCAGGACGUUGUCUCCCUUGUCUGCUGCCCUCCUCUUGGGCCUUGCGGAAAGCUGCAGCAACCCAGUGAGCGUGACACAGGAGGCAGCAGAAUUCUGCCAAGCUCCCACGCCCACCAGCAGCAGCUACAGCAGCGAAAAGACGGCGAGCAGAAGCCCGUUCUCGGUUGGCAAGCAGCAAAAGGCGCGGGCGAAGUGAGCAACACAGAGAGGCACUUUGCUCAGCGACCAGACAGCAUCGCUGCCAUCACCCCUUGCAUGCCCCCCACCAAGAGCAGCAGCGCUUCAUGCGAUUCAUGCAGAGGUCGCUACUUCCAUCCACCAAAGGUGUUAUCUGCCCCUGCUCGAAGCGAGGAGGAUCUGCUGCGGCCUCCCCCAGACUCCCCCUACCUGCGACGUGAUCUCGCACAGCACCCACAAGCUCUUAUCUCGCAUUGCACCAUACAGACCACGAGCACCUGCAGUGAAAUCAGCAGCAGCACAGGCGCUGCGAGAGCGGCUUGGUGGACAGCAGAAGCUCAACGGGAGCUUUUCUUGAGUCCAUACGACGCUGCAGGUUUCCCUAGGGGCCUUAGGGGGGUUCCUGUGAAGCGGCUUUUGACAGAACGUGGCGCUGUCUCCGUCGAUUUAAAGCCUGUAUUUCCGGAGCAGCAGAAUGCAUCGCGUCCUUCGGGGGAGCAGCAAAAGCAGCACCUGGCAGACACUAGCAGCAGCAGCAGCAGCGCAACUUGCAGCAGGUGUAAGGGCCUGAGGCUGACAUUCAGCCUUCCCGUGGAUCUGGAGGCGGCUCCGAGAGGGCCUUUGCCGUUGCGUGCCUCAAGUAGAAGGCACAUUUUGAGUCGAGGACUGCAAGUGUCUGGGCAGCAGCGGCAGCCGCGGGAGCACGCGUCCGAUGACAGCAGCGCGAGCAGCGGCAGCGAGAUUGCGGAGGAGGAGCUGCUACCAGAUGCUUACCUGCGGCUCGCUGGGAGACAGCGGAGUCUUCAGACUCUUGGGGUCGAAGGCGACUGGCUUAUGCGACUCCAGGACCCUCCUCAAGGCAUCGAGGCACUCGAUGUCUUUGCUGCUGCGGCUGCUGCUUCUGCUGCCCCUAUUGCCCAUCUUGCGCCUCUCGCCAACUCUCCGACAGCUGCUGGGCUGCUUGACCUCUUUUCCAGAUCUCGAAGCCUCGGAAACAACGCCACCAUUGCCGAGAAAGCUGCCAAUCAGGAAUGGCUGCUGAACGCUAAGGCCCCCCAUAGGCCACGCACUUUCCUCGAACGAAUGGCGGCUUUUGCCCUUUCCCGUGCGCGCACGGCCCCGAGUCUGCGGCUAUCCUUGCCACAGCAGCAGCAGCAGCAGCAGCAGCUGCAGCGGCAGCCACUGCCGAUGCUGGCGGCACUCAUUUCCGGUUGCUUAGAACUCCACGGAGCCAGAUCAGCAGCAUCAGCUGCUGCUGCUGGAGGUGACCCUGCAGUUGCAGCGGGACGAUCUCCGUCGGCACGGCGGAGAAACGCCUGCUCCUUGCAAGGGAAAUUUCAGCAGCUGGAUCCACGACUCCUGCGGAAAGCGUUGCGCUGCUUUGAUCGAAACAGAGGGGGCCUUAGCAGGAGCGGCGACAGUAGUACCAGCAGCAACAGGAUUCUUGCCGACUUCGCUGCAGUUAAAACCAGGCUUGUAGGCCUGGCCCUUGGCGACAUUCCCUUCGAUCCCGAUGGGUUGUGGCUACGGAGACAGCAGGCGCAGCAGCAGCAGCGCCACCAACAGAUGCAGCGGCAGCAGCAGCAACAGCUCGUGGAUGCGGAGCACGAGCACCAGCACGAGCAGCAGCACAAGCACCAGCAGCAGCAGAGGAGAGAGGGCUUGGGGGCUCCCAGAUCAUCUACACUGCCCCUUAUGCAGGCAGCCAUGCGACGUGUAAGACUUUCCGCCAAGUACAAGCAUCCCAGUGUGCGAAUCGGGACCAGUAGAGCAAGCAGCAGUGGAAGGAUCAACGCAGGGGGGGGAUUCUGGCAAAAGGCGUCAGUAGGUUUGGGGUGUGGCGUUGCUCUGGCCACGCAUGCGGCCUCUGCGGGGCCUUAUUAUUUUGAGGUUCUGGUGGGGCCUUUACCCCCGCAGCAGCAGCAGCAGCAGUUGCUGCUGCAGCAGCCGAAACAGGGGCUGUCGCCUACGCAGCAGCAGCACCUGCAGCAGCAGCGAAUCGCAACUUCCUCUCAGUGCGACUUGCGCGUAGGCUGGAGCACGCGCAGGCAUCCGCCUUCGGCCCCUUUGGGAGCCACGAGAGACUCUGUGGCGCUAACUCUUAGAGGUAUGGCCGCAUGGGCAGGGGUUGAGCUGCCGUACUGCUUUCCGCCUCUUGUGGAGGGGGACGUUGUCGGGUGCUGCAUCCGUUUGGUGCAGCCGCAGCAAGAGCAGCAGCCUCGGCAGGCUGACUGUGCAGCAGUCUCUCCGACGAGGGGAGUUGCUUCUCCAGCUAAAAGAGGGGCCCCUGCUGCAGCACCAGCCGGGACCGACACGACGGUGUCAGGAAUCGCAGGAGAUGCAUAUUCUGUGUCGUGCCUCAUGGACGUUGAUCGUCUGGCUCAGGGAUUCUUACGGAGUGCUGCAGGCCUCGCUGAGGGCAGCAGCAGCAGCAGCAGCAACUCCCAGCCAGUGGGGGCAGCAGCUGAGGGGUCUCUCGUGCAGUUUACCGUCAAUGGGAGGCCCUUGGGCUGCUGCCGCUUUUCGGAAGAUCCUGCGGGGUGUCUCCUGGCAGACGAAUACUUUCCUGCAAUUUCCCUCAUGGGAGGCGCCAGUUGCUCCGUCAACUUCGGUCCUUCUUUCCGCCAUCCCCCGCCUCUCGUAGAGCCUCCCUUCCUCCCUUGCUGCCUUCUGCCCCUCUCCACAGCGCCGCCUCUCACCUAUGACGUCUACCCACUGCUCCUGCUUCCCCAGCAGCUGCUAGCUGACCCUCAACUCAACACCCUCAGACCGCGCACACUCGUGGACGUCCUGGAGGAACGCAUCCUUGCGCUUCCAAGCCGACAGCAGCCACUCUCUUCUGCCCAGCACAACCCUCGCAAGCGGAAGGUUGAGGAGGCCCUCGGGAAGGGGUCUCAUGAUGCUGAUUCUGGCAUGUCUGCAGAUGGCGGCAUGCUAGAAGAGUGCGAAGAUCCGGCUCUCACGCCGCCUGCAGGGGAGCGACGAGGGGCUUCGCUGCAACACACGUCGCAUGCAUGUGGGGAGUUUUCUGGCAGUCCUGAAACCCUAGAAGAGGGCAGAGAGGCUACUGGGCACUGCUGCUGUAACAGGCGCACUGAGAAGAGUGCAACGGAGGCAAGAGCGCUCUGCUGCUGUAGACCGUGCGGAGCUGACCCUGCGGAAAUCGCGAUGCUUCAAAGAGCUGCCAGCUUAAUCUUCGCUCCCGAAGAGCUGCGACAGCUGCAGAAAGGACUGCAGCGCCAGCACCAGCAGCAACAGCUGCUCGAAUCGGUGCACCGCUGCGCCUUUGAGGCGCAGCUGAAAAGUUGCAACGCCGUGUUGGACGCUGCAGCGAAGGAAUGGGGCCUCAAACGCGCGCAUCGUUUACGGAGACGGAUGCCCUGGGCUAGGCACCGGUGCAACAUGCGAAGCAGCAGCGGCAGCGAGAGUAGCAGCGAGAGCAGCAGCAGCGAGGAGAGCGAUGCAUGCGGCCUACCGCUGGCUGGAGGCGAAGCAAACAGGGAUGUGGCUUCAGCUGGAGAGGCCCUGGAGGGCAGCGUUUUUCGUAGGGGCCUUACCGACGAUGCGACUGCUGCAGUAUCAAGUGGAUCGGCUCCUAGUCUGGCUGCAGAAGGUCAAACAUGGAAAAAGGGGGGCAGCAGCGAUUGCAGUGGUUCUCGCGUCGUUCCUUUUGUGGACUUCAAGCAUCCAUGCAGCGUCCUCUUCUCCUUCUUGCUGCCUACGCUUCGAGGGCUGCACCAUCCUGGGUUGCCUGCUUCCCCCGCGGCAGCUGUAAGUAGGCAGGCACCUACAGCGGAGGCAUCUUGCAGGGAGUCCGCCGCAGUGGCAGAGUCUCUUGCAGCGUGGAAGCGAUUCGCGCGUUUGUUCUGGCUUGUAGUAGCUCCCCUAGACAGUCAGCGCCGCCCGCUGAGCCCCCGUGUCUUUAUUCGCAACCAGGCUGUCUCUCUGCACCGCAAGAGCAAACCACCUCCGUUCGCACGUACAGCUGCUGCAAGCAGCGCAGGAGGCCGUCCUGUUGGCUCCAUUGCGGCAGCGUCGGAUGUCUCGGCAGCGGGGACAGGAGACACGGGGGCACAGCCCUCUGGCCGUGCAAGCCGAUCAGGCAGUGGUAUGACUCGCCGUAAGGGUGGCAGUUCUGCAGGCCCUGCAGGAGGAGCUGCUGCAGCGGAAGCGUCUUACGAAACAAUUCAAGUAGGGCAGCUGACACUGCGGGUGCCGCAGGGAUGCCUUGCUGAUUCGGGCGACGAAACUGGGCAGCUCCCGCCGGAUCUUUCUCAAGAAGGAGGGAGACAGAAGCGGCCAGCAGCAGGACGGAGUGUUGCCGCUGAACCAGCCGAAAGAGAUGAAGGCAUGGAGGCCUCUGCACUCAUAGAAUCUCUUCCCCUUUCGGUGGUGCUGCUGAGGCGACUGGGGCUAAAGCCGCGACAGCUUCUAGAGGCCCUGGGAUGCAAAUUCCGUUUGGUGUCUAGACAGCUCGCGGGGAGUCAUGCAGCCAUUGCAGGGGUCAGCUGUAUAUACACUGCAGUUGUACGCCUCCGGCAGCUACAGGCCAAGGCCCAGGCAGCAGACGAAGAGGCAGCAAAGGACGUUGCAUGCGAAUUCUGGAUAGAGCAGUAUGCAGGCGCGCUGUGUGGCUCUUAA